GAAGAAACUACUUCCGGAGGUCAAAGGUAACCUUCGUAUUUGAAAACAUGGAUCCCAACAAAGUGGAUGAAGACAAGAUGAACGAUGAUGGAGAAAUUGCAUCCGUCAUGGGAUUCUCAGGUUUUGGUAAGAAGGCCCGCACAUUUGACUUGGAAGCCAUUUUUGAACAGACCCGUCGAACAGCCAUCGAGAGGAGUCAGCAAGUAUUGGAGGAGCGGCAGAUGGAUGAUCAGAUGGAGCAGGAAGGGGAAAGCUCCCGAUCAGUCAAGUCAUCGCUCCUUGCUCUGAAAGACAAAGCUGCAGCUGAGACUUCCAGAAAACAGAGUGAGAGCAGUAGUGACAGUGGUUCGGACUCGGACUCAGAUUCUGAGCUUAUUGGGCCUCCACUGCCUCCGCAACUUACAGACCAGGAUGAUGAUGAGCUUGGGCCACUGACUCGCGCAUCAGGCAGCACGGCUCAUAGUGAUGAAGAUGAUGAUGAUGAUGGGGAGGCACAAGACGAUGACGAUGAUAAUCCAGUGAAGAAGAUUCCAGACACUCAUGAGAUCACUCUGCAGCACGGCACCAAGACAGUAUCGGCUCUUGCCUUAGACCCCUCUGGAGCCCGUCUGGUGACUGGUGGGUAUGAUUAUGAUGUGCGUUUCUGGGAUUUUGCCGGGAUGGACCAGGCUGUGCAGGCCUUCAGAUCCCUCCAGCCCUGUGAAUGCCAUCAGAUCACGUCCCUGCAGUACAGCAACACUGGUGAUGUCAUCCUGGUGGUUUCUGGCAAUGCACAGGCCAAGGUGUUGGACCGUGAUGGCUUCAAUGUCAUGGAGUGUGUGAAGGGAGACCAGUACAUUGUGGAUAUGGCUAAAACCAAGGGUCACACGGCUAUGCUUAAUAAUGGCUGCUGGCACCCCAAGAUUAAAGAAGAGUUCAUGACGUGCUCCAAUGACGGCACUGUGCGCACAUGGGACCUGAGCUCUGGGAAGAAGCACAAGUCUGUGUUCAAACCGCGUUCCUUCCAGGGGAAGAAGGUCGUCCCCACAUGCUGCACCUACAGCCGCGAUGGGAAGCUCAUUGCAGCUGGCUGCCAGGAUGGCACCAUCCAGAUCUGGGACAGAAACCUCAGCGUCCAUACAAAAUUCCACUGUCGGCAAGCACACAUCCCAGGAUCAGACACGUCCUGCAUCGCCUUUUCCUACGAUGGCGUGACUCUCGCUUCACGUGGAGGGGAUGACACUCUCAAGUUGUGGGAUAUACGUAACUUCAAGAAGCCUGUGAAUGUAGCGACUGGACUGAACAACUACUUUACAAUGACCGACUGCUGUUUUAGCCCUGACGACAGGCUCCUCGUAACGGGGACCUCUGUGAAAAAGGACGGGGGAAAUGGGAAGUUGGCUUUCUUUGACCGAGCUUCCUUUCAGAAGGUCUAUGAAAUAGAAGUCACCAAUGCAAGCGUCGUCCGCUGUCUGUGGCACCCAAAGCUUAACCAGAUAAUGGUGGGAACUUCAAAUGGACUGGCCAAGGUCUACUAUGACCCUGUUAAAAGCCACAGAGGGGCGAAGCUGUGUGUCGUAAAGAGCCAGCGGAAAGAGAGACAAGCAGAGACGCUAACGCAAGAUUACAUCAUCACACCUCAUGCCUUACCCAUGUUCAGAGAGGCCCGGCAGCGGAGUACACGAAAACAGCUGGAGAAGGACCGACUAGACCCAAAGAAGUCCAACAAACCCGAGCCUCCUGUGUCCGGACCAGGUCGAGGAGGAAGAGUAGCAGCUCAUGGUGGCACUCUGUCUUCAUUCAUCGUGAAGAACAUUGCUUUAGAUAAAACGGAUGACAGUAACCCACGACAGGCAAUCUUACGUCACGCCAAGGAAGCUUCGGAUAACCCUUACUGGGUUGCCCCGGCAUACAAACAGACCCAGCCAGUGCCUUUGUUUGCUGAGGAAUCGGAGGAUGAUGAGGAAGCUGAAAAGGAACCAGAGUGGAAGAAACGCAAGAUCUGAGGUGCCUCAACAGCAGCUCAUUUUAUAUGGAAUAGCAGACAGGGUGGGCUUGUGUUUGUAUAUAUAUCACUGUAACCCAGAGGUCUCCGGAUCAAUCCCAAAACACUGAGUUACUGUCAGAAACUGCUGCGAAGCAUCAAUUACGUUCCUACAUUUAACAGUCUCUGUCCUCCCUCUCGUAAUAUUUGCAUAUAUGUAUUUAUGUGCGUGCUUCUGUGUUGAGGGGUAGCGCAUAAAUGUGUUUCUUUAGCUUUUUUACUGUGCAAGCAUAAUAUAGUUUUAUACCGUUUUACUCCUUCACUUUGCAAUUCCUCAACCUCUGGAAGAACUCGGCUAUUUUGAUUAUAUGGACUUUAUAUUCAUAAUUUCAAUUGUCCUCUCCUCCCACGUCUCCAUUUUGCUAAUGCCUCAUAAAUUGUGUCCAGAUGAUGUGGUCUGGUUGUGUUCACCAGCCUUGAAGAACAGUUUGCUAGUUUGUAAAAAGUCAAUUGCAAAGAAACUUGUUUUUUAAAGUGGUGCCGUUUUGUUGGAUGUGAUGCAAUCUGCUCAUUUACAUCGACCUCAAAACCGCUACAAAGCAAUUUUGUAUGCUCUUGUCAAAAAGUGAUAUAUGUUACCUGAAUUAAAGUCAUACUUCUGUUUUUACAAGCUGAUCAAAGAAAUUCUUCUGCCAGAUAUGUUUUUUUUUUUUUUUUUACGAGGCACUUAAUCUGGCAGAUAUACAGUUCAUCUAGUUCGGGCCAAAGCCGGCGUUUUGACUCACUGCUUUAAACGUUUUUAAAGGGUACAUACUGCUACGGUAUUAAAUGGGUAAGCUUUUCCUGCAACUGCUGCAUUUUCUAAUAUUGAUGAAUAUAUUAGAAAUCAUUAUUUAAAUUUUAAAUAAUCUUAAUAAUGUCACGGUACGCUUGCUAGAUCUUUCUGUAGUUUUCAACUGUAUCUCACAAUCUUUGUCACCAAAUUGAUGUAGAGGAAGACUAUUAGAUGCAACCUUAUGUUAAGAUAAUUUUCUCAAAAAUAAAUAUUGAACUAUCA